AUGGCGAGCAGCACCCUGUCGCCCGACACCCUCGAGGUGGCUCCCCGCAACCGAUCUCUCAGCAAUGCAGACACUAUCGCCUCGUCCACCAUUUCAAACCCCUUCCUUACACCCAGCACGCUGAGCUGCGCGUCGAGUGUGCUGGAAGACCCGGAACUUGCUCUUCGUCCGGACCCUGGCAGCGAGGCCGACUUUGAGGUGGCAGACAACCCAUUUGCCUUUUCGCCAGGACAGCUCAACAAGCUUCUGAACCCGAAGUCACUUUCUGCCUUCCAGGCUCUCGGAGGACUGGAUGGUAUCGCCCGUGGCCUCCGCACGGAUGUCAAGGCCGGUCUGAGUCUGGAAGAAACGGGCAUCGCGUCCCCAGUCUCGUUCCACGAAGCGGUUGGCAAGACAAAGUCUGGAAUCUCUGCUUCAUCAGGUUCUGAGAAAUCGCCCUCUUCAACGUCGGAAGCAUUUGGCGACCGAAUUCGCGUCUACAAGCGCAAUGUGCUGCCUGCAAAGAAAGCGACUCCGCUAUGGAAGCUCAUGUGGAAUGCGUACAACGACAAGGUCCUGAUUCUCUUGACCGUCGCCGCGGUCAUUUCUCUGGCUCUUGGUCUCUACGAGACGCUUGGUGUUGAUCAUCCGGAUGACGCACCAGCACCUGUUGACUGGGUUGAGGGCGUCGCCAUCUGCGUCGCCAUCAUCAUUGUCACUGUUGUGGGCUCGCUGAAUGACUGGCAAAAGGAAAAGGCAUUUGUCAAGCUCAAUGCGAAGAAAGAUGACAGAGAGAUCAAGGUUAUCCGAUCUGGAAAGUCUUUCAUGAUCAAUGUUCAUGAUAUUCUUGUAGGUGACGUCCUACAUCUGGAGCCUGGCGACUUGGUCCCUGUCGAUGGCAUCUUCAUCGAGGGUCACGAUGUCAAGUGCGACGAGUCUUCCGCCACCGGCGAGUCGGACGCGCUCAGAAAGACUGCAGGUGCUGAAGUCUUUCACGCCAUUGAGUCUGGCCAGACGAAGAAGGAGCUUGAUCCUUUCAUCAUCUCUGGCGCCAAGGUCCUUGAGGGUAUGGGAACGUUUGUCUGCACAUCGGUCGGCGUCAACAGCAGCUUCGGCAAGAUUAUGAUGUCUGUCCGCACUGAGACGGAAGCUACACCUCUGCAAAAGAAGCUAGAAAAGUUGGCCGUGGCUAUUGCCAAGCUCGGCGCUGCCGCCUCUGCGUUGCUCUUUGUCAUUCUCCUCAUCCGCUUCCUCGCCGGCCUGUCGGGUGACGCUCGCGACCCCACCACAAAGGCCUCUGCUUUUAUGGACAUUCUCAUCGUCGCCAUCACCAUCAUUGUCGUUGCCGUCCCCGAAGGCUUGCCCUUGGCGGUCACGCUUGCUUUGGCCUUUGCCACCACGAGGCUGCUCAAGGAAAAUAAUCUGGUCCGUGUGCUGCGUGCGUGCGAGACCAUGGGAAAUGCCACGACAAUCUGCUCAGACAAGACUGGUACUCUGACGACAAACAAAAUGACUGUUGUCGCGGGCACGUUUGGCUCGACCAACUUUGCCAAAGCCAGCGAGUCCGAGAAGUCCCAUGAGCAGACGGUCAGUCAGUGGGCUUCUGCCCUGCCACAAGCAGCCAAGAACAUGAUUGUUCAAUCCGUCGCGAUCAACUCCACCGCCUUUGAGAGCGAAGAGGACGGCAAGGCUGUCUUCAUCGGCUCCAAGACCGAGACGGCCCUUUUGCAGCUAGCCAAGGACCACCUCGGCCUGCAGUCGCUGCGCGAGACGCGUGCCAACGAGCAGGUCGUGCAGAUGAUGCCCUUUGACUCAAGUAAAAAGUGCAUGGCCGCCGUCAUCAAGACGGACACCGGCUACCGCCUCAUCGUCAAGGGCGCGUCCGAGAUUCUGCUCAAGUGCUGCUCCGAAAUCCUAGAGCCGCAGGAUCUCCGUUGCGAGCCCCUGGCUAAGCCGCGCGCCAAGGCUCUCCGCGCCGUCAUUGAUCAGUACGCCAGUAUGUCCCUGCGCACUAUCGGCCUCGUCUACCGAGAUUACCCGGCAUGGCCGCCGGCACAGGCCGAGGUGGUUGAUGGCGUGGUGCAGCUGGCGUCGCUCCUCAAGGGCCUCGUCUUUGUCGGCGUGAUUGGCAUCCAGGACCCCGUGCGGCCGGGCGUCCCCGAAGCGGUCCGCAAGGCGCAGCACUCGGGCGUCGUGGUCCGCAUGGUCACGGGCGACAACAUCAUCACCGCACGCGCCAUUGCCACCGAGUGCGGCAUCUACACGGACGGCGGCGUCGUCAUGGAGGGGCCCAAGUUCCGCAAGCUCUCCGAGGGCGAGAUGAACGAGAUGCUGCCGAAGCUGCAGGUGCUGGCGCGCUCAUCGCCCGAGGACAAGCGUAUCCUUGUGACCAAGCUCAAGGCUCUGGGAGAGACUGUUGCGGUGACCGGCGACGGCACCAACGACGCGCCGGCGCUCAAGGCUGCGGAUGUCGGCUUCUCGAUGGGCAUCUCGGGUACAGAGGUUGCCAAAGAGGCGUCUGCGAUUGUCCUCAUGGACGACAACUUUACCUCCAUCAUCACGGCGCUGAAAUGGGGCCGUGCUGUCAAUGACGCCGUACAAAAGUUUCUCCAGUUUCAGAUCACGGUCAACAUAACGGCUGUUCUCCUGGCCUUUAUCACAGCGCUUUACAGUCCUGAGAUGAAGCCCGUCCUCAAGGCUGUGCAAUUGCUCUGGGUCAAUCUCAUCAUGGACACUUUUGCCGCGUUGGCAUUGGCCACGGAUCCGCCAGUGGACAAGAUUCUCAACCGACAGCCCCAGGGCAAGAAGGCGCCGCUAAUUACUAUCAACAUGUGGAAAAUGAUCAUCGGUCAAGCCAUCUUUCAGCUCGUCGUCACGCUCGUCCUUUACUUUGCCGGUCCGCAGAUUCUCAACUACGACGCCGCCGACCCUACCAAGAUCGUCGAGCUCGACACCAUCAUCUUCAACACGUUUGUGUGGAUGCAAAUCUUCAACAUGUUCAACAACCGCCGCCUCGACAACAGGUUCAACGUCCUCGAGGCCCUGCACCGCAACCACUUCUUCAUCUUCAUCUGUCUGCUCAUGGUCGGCCUACAGGUCACCAUCAUCUUUUUCGGCUCCCGCGCCUUUGGCAUCGCCAGCGGCGGCAUUGACGCCGACCAAUGGGCCAUUUCCAUUGUCAUUGCCGUCAUGUGCCUGCCGUGGGGAGUUCUCGUUCGUCUCUUCCCCGAUGCGUGGUUCGCCGUCGUGGCGGGCUUCGUGGGCAGGCCCGUGGCGGUGCUGUAUCGAGCGACUGGGCGUGCUUUCAGCAAGUUUUGGGGCUUGUUUCGCAAGAAGAAGGAUGAUGCGGCUUCGAAGCGACUGAGAAGCGUCAGAUCUAAUCAUACAGACUUUAUUUAA